AUGCCGCCGGAAAACUCUGUCUCCGCCGCAAACGACGCGCACAAGGGUUGUUAUUAUCCCGUGCCGCUUGCCUCACAUGAAGACGUGGUCAACGACCCCACCCUCUUCGUCAACACCCUCAGAAGCUUCCAUUUUGCCAUGGGCUCCAAAUUCCAGAUUCCAGUAAUUGGGGGGAAGGAACUCAACCUGCAUGUACUGUAUGCGGAGGUUACUAAAAGGGGUGGUUUCGAUAAGGUGGUGAGGGAUAAAAAAUGGAGAGAAAUAAGUGCGGUGUUCGAUUUUUGCCGGACGACGACGAGCGCUUCGUACGCCUUAAGGAAACACUAUUCGACUCUCCUCCACCGCUACGAACUCGUUUACUUCUUCAAGCUGCUUGCCCCAACAGGCACUCCUCCUUCAUUCCAAGCAAUGGGAACCAUCGACGGGAAAUUCGACUGCGGUUACCUAGUCUCGGUUAAACUUGGAAACGAGACGCUUAAUGGCGUGCUCUAUCAUCCGGGCUACAUGGGUUCCUCUGAUUCGGCCCAACCCACAUGCACCUCCAUCAUACCUUACACUCCACAGUUCCAUCCACCGGCCCGUAGGGCCAGGAGGAGACGUGCUGGCGAACCGGGCCGCCCGAAGCCCAACAGGAGCGGGUACAAUUUCUUUUUUGCAGAAAAACACGCAAAACUCAAGUCUCUCUACCCUAACAAGGAGAGGCAGUUCACGAAAAUGAUAGGCGAGGCGUGGAAUAAUCUGUCGCAUGAGGAGAGGGAGGUUUAUCAGAGCUAUGGAGUAAAGGAUAAGGAAAGGUACCAGAAGGAAAUGAAGGAGUAUAAGGAGAGACUGAAAACGAGGCAAAUCUGUUGA